UCGGCUCGGGUGAUUAACCUUGGCUGAGACGGACGGAGUCGUGGCGGCCGUGUCAGGAAGCCACACCUCCGCCGCCCUCCUCCACCUUCGCCUCCGGGAAGCGCUGAGAAGUCUUGCGCCGCGUCGCCGGCGACAUGGAUCUCCUGAAGCGGGAGCUGGAGAAGAAGCGAAAGGCGGCGACGGCCGACUUCGGCGGCAAGAACUUCGUCCGGCGGUCGGAGCUGGAGGAGAAGCAGCUCCAGAAGCGGCGCCAGAUCCCCUCCAAGGCUCCGUCCGUGCCCGCCCCCAACACCUUCGCCGCCGCCUCCGACCCCACCAACUCCAACGCCGACCUCUCCCAGGGCGGGGGCGCGAACCCUAACCCUAGCUCCUCGUCCGCCGCCUCGGCCUCCGUCCCGCCCGGCCUCGCGGGGAAGAAGGCCGCGCCGGAGGACGCGCUCCACUCCGAGGAGCGCCGCAUCGACGAGCUCGUCCUCCCGCGGAACGAGGUGAUGCGGCGCCUCCGGGUGCUUCGCGAGCCAGUCACGAUAUUCGGGGAGGACGACGCGGACCGCCUCGAUCGCCUCAAGCUCGUGCUCAAGUCCGGAGUGAUUGACGACAUUGACGACCUUGAGAUGACCGAGGGGCAGACCAACGAUUUCCUCCGUGACAUGAUUGAGCUCCGCAUGCGUCAGAAAGCUGGCCGGGACGCCUACGGCAAGGGGAAAAUCAAGCGUGUUGGUACCGGUGAUGGCGGGGAGGGUGGCGCGUUGGGGGACGAUGUGGAUGACGGCGAGGGGGAUGCCCGGAGGAGUGGGGAUGAUGCUGAUGCAGACAAGGACUCCGCGCGGAUGAAGGCCAAGUUUGAGGAGCUUUGUGACGAAGAUAAGAUAUUGGUAUUCUUCAAGAGGCUGCUCAACGAGUGGAACCAGGAGCUGGAUGAUAUGACGGAGCUGGAGAAGCGGACGGCAAAAGGGAAGUCAAUGUUUGCAACGCUCAAGCAGUGUGCACGGUAUCUCAGUCCUCUGUUCGAGUUCUGCAGGAAGAAGGUUCUUCCUGAUGACAUCCGUAAAGCAUUGCUCUUUAUUGUUGACUGCUGCGUGAAGCGUGAUUAUUUGCAAGCAAUGGACCAAUACAUCAAGCUUGCUAUUGGCAACGCGCCAUGGCCUAUUGGAGUCACUAUGGUUGGUAUCCACGAGCGUUCUGCCCGAGAGAAGAUUCACACGAAUAGUGUGGCUCAUAUCAUGAACGAUGAGACCACUCGCAAGUACCUUCAGUCGAUAAAGAGGCUCAUGACGUUUUCCCAGCGGCGUUAUCCUGCUAUGCCCUCCAAAUCAGUGGAGUUCAACAGCCUGGCUAAUGGGAGUGACCUGCAGGCCCUUUUAGCGGAGGAUCCGGUGAAAGUUUCUCCUGAGGAAAGGCUCAGACUUAUGGGAGCAUCAAGAGAGUGAUGUUUCAAACCGCAAAGCUUGUAUCACAAAAUAGAAAGGUUUAGAUCUUUGUGUAAUCUUAAUGGCAACUUUUCCUGUUGAUGUUUUCUAUUUUUGUACUGAUGCGGAACAGGAGAAUCAUGUAUUGUACUCAAAUUGCUAAAGAAGCUAUACUAUCUGUUUUACCAGAGUA